AUGGGUCUUCGUCGCUUGGCAACGACGUUGGGAAUCACACUGUUGACCACAGUAGGAAAAGUGUUCGGUAAGCUGCUGAACGAUAGGAUAGUGGGAGUAUUGGAGAAGGAACAUAGCAUUAGUGAGGGCCAGGCAGGUUUCCGCAAGAAGAGGGGGUGCGUAGACCACGUGUUCACGGUAGGGAGAAUCAUCCAAGGUAGAAAGAGGGCGGGAAAGCCGACGUACUGCUUCUUCCUGGACGUGAAAAAGGCAUACGACACCGUAUGGAGAAAUGGGUUGUGGAAACAACUGUCCAAAUACGGGAUCAAGGGGAAAAUGUGGAGAGUGCUGAAGAAGAUGACAGAGUGUACGAAAAGCGCGGUCAUGCUAGACGGAGAACUGUCUCAAUUCUCCGACAUUANCAAGCAGAUGUGGGAAGGGAUUAGUGGAAUGGUAAAAAAGACCGCGCAAGGGGGGGAUACAGGGGUAGCGACUUUGCGAGGUGUGAACGGUCGAUUAGUCAGCAGUGGAAAGGGAAAAGGGGAAGUUCUAGCAGGACACUACAAGAGACUUGGAGUGCCCUCGGAGAAUGAAGCUUUUGACCAAGUGUUUAAGAAGGAGGUGGACGCAUGGGCCCAAAAAGAAGAAGAGACAUCGAAGGCAGACGUUGGGAACGUAGAACUAGAAAAGGAGUUCACUGAGGACGAGGAGCGGAUGGGAUAGUCAACGAGUUCAUGAAGUUUGGGGGGA